AUGACGGUUGCAAAUAAGUAUAGUAGCUAUAACAUGAACGGGUUCAACUUUCACACAACAUCAUAUGAUGAGGGUAGACCUAUUCAAAAUAGUGGGGUUGUUGUGGUUGCGGAGUCAACAAUCUUUGACAAGGGCAGCAAUGAUAACAUUAUAAUAGGAAAGGAAACCUAUUUUGGUAUUAUCAGGGAAAUUAUUGAACUAAACUAUCACCAUAAAGGAAAUGUGGUGCUCUUCAAAUGUGAUUGGGUUGACAACCGUGUGCAAGACAAAUGGGUCAAAAUUGAUCAGUUAGGCAUCACAACUGUGAACUUUAAGCAUUUAUUCAAUACAGGUGACAAAUUAUCUGACGAGCCUUUCAUUUUAGCAUCACAAGCAGUUCAAGUGUACUAUGUUCCAGAUCCAGUUGAUACUGAGUGGGCUGCUGUUGUUCACUCUAAACCAAGAGAUGUGUUUGAAUUGGAUAAUUUGGAUAAUGAGCAUACCGAUUUUGAUAAUGGAGUAUUUGUGCCAUUAUUUGAUCUGAAUGCAAAUGUAACUGUUGAUAUUGUUAAUGGUGUUGUCCCCACUACUAGAAGAGAUAUAGAUGGAAAGAUGGCAAGCGGAAGAAGGGAUAAGGAUGCCUCCCUUAACGAGUACGGGGAACAACGACUUGCAACCAUUGCAGAAAACAAAAGGCGAUUGGAAGCUCUUAAUAUCCCUACUUUGAGCAAUAUGAAUCAACAUGGUAGAACUAAAAAAAGAACUAAGAGGAUUCAUAACACUAGUGAUGUAGCAACUGAAGGUCACAAUCUGCGUGCAAGGCCACAAAAGAAUUGUGUUGAAAAUGGAAAUGAACAAAUUAAUGAAGACCUUGGUUGUGAAUCAAUUGGAGAUUUCUUAUGUGAUAAUGAAGAUUCACGCAACAUCGCAGAAAAGAAGAGGAAAGGAAGGGGUAUCACUAGAUUGGAUGAAAUAUUUGCAAGGAAGCCCAGCAUGCCUAAAAUCAAAGUAGAACUCAAUAAAUAUGGUCAGCCUAUUGGGGACAAUUGUAGAAGGUUUUCUAGUGCUCUUGGCUGCCAUGUGAGAAGGAAAUUAUCAGUUGGUUGUUCUGACUGGAGACUUGUGGAUCCUCAAAAGAAGUAUGAGGUGUGGGAAGAUAUGAUGAAAAUUUAUGAUAUCGAUGAUGCUGCCUUCAAUGCAGACCUAAAGGAAAGACAUAAAGGCAGAGUUAAUGAUGAUGAUUGGAAGUUUCUCAUAGAAUAUUGGAGGUCAUCUGAAUCUGAAACUCGUUCAGAAAUAGCAAAAGAAUGUCGUUCAAAGGUGGGAAAUCAUCACACUUCAGGCAACAAGAGCUUUGCUUGUUCUGCGCAUGAACUAGCUAAUAAACUAAGGCGUUCUCCAAGAAGAGAUGAGGUCUAUAUCAAGACACAUACAAGAAAAAAUGGAGUUCCAUCAAGACAUGCAGAACCAAUUAUUAAUAAAUUGAAAGCCAUAGUUGAAGCCCAUCCAGAGUUGAAGCAAAGAACAAUUCAAGAGGGCGAUGCAUUUGCUGCUGCUUGUGGAGAAAAGGAGCCAAGAGGACGUGUUUGUGCUUUGGGUUUAGGACCAACUCCCCAAGAUGUUGGUACCCCAGGGUUGAAGUGUUACACACCCACAAGACUGCAGAUGGAAGGUUUGGCCCAUAAAAAGGCUAAAUGUGAGAAAGUAGCUCUUCAACAACGCAUAACUGAAUUGGAGCAGCAAAUGCAAGAGGAAAGAGUGGCAAGGGAAUUGCAAGAUAUGGAACUCAUUUCACAUAAUGGUUCAAAUUCACGACAGACUGGGGUAAAGUAUUUCAACAACUUAGUUACAUUCUAAUGGAGUUCAGUUCAAUGCUAGUGAAAUAUAUUUGUACCCUAUGCAGAUUUAUUCUUUAUGUAUUCUCUCUCUUGUAUGUUUGUAGAGCCGAAGGUAUGA